AUGUCGGCAGAACGCAUGAACCGCACGUUGGUGGAGAAAGCACGGUGCAUGCUCAACGAUGCAAAGCUUGCUGUUCUGGCAACACUGGCCGUUGCCCUGGCCGAAUCAAGUGAUGAGGGCCAAAUCCGCGACUCGUCGGAAGACCGUGCGAGCAGCGACUAUUCAGAAGAUUGUGGAAGCAGCGACUCGUCGGAAGAUCGUGCGAGCAGCAAGCGACCUGGCAGUGUGCGUGGUAACGGAGCUGGUGACGGGUCGGGGCGAACCGGCGGUCGAAUCUCGAGGGAUCAGCUGGCCGCUAGAAAAGCGAUUUCGCACCUUCCAAAAUUUCGUGGAGAACCGGAAGUUUGGCCGCUGUUUAUUAGCAGCUUCGAAUAUACGACGGAAGCAUGUGGGUUCUCAAACCUGGAGAACUUGAAGCGACUGCAGGACUGUUUGCAAGGUGACGCGCUCGAAGCAGUGAGGAGUCGGCUCGUUCUGCCGAAUUCCGUUCCGAACGUGAUUUGUGACCUACGGAAUCUAUUCGGAAGGCCGGAGAAGCUGCUGAAGUCGCUGCUGACGAAAGUGAGGAACGCUCCAGCGCCGAGAGCUGAUCGACUGGAGAUGUUCGUUAAAUUUGGGAUUACGGUGAAGCAGUUGUGCGACCAUCUUGAGGCUGCGCGACUCAACGAUCAUCUUAAUAACCCGAUGCUGGUACAGAAGUUGGUUGACAAGUUACCACCGAGUUACAAACUGGAUUGGGUGCGGUACAAGCAAGGAAAGGAAGAUAGUCCGCUGAGGAUGUUCACGGAUUUCAUGACUGAAAUAGUAUCCGACGUGUCCGAGGUGACGGAGUUUUCUACGCUGUCGGUGAACGAGCGAGCGUCGCAUGGGCGAGAGAAUCCUAGAAAGAAGGAGUUUGUGCAUGUGCACGACUCUGAGCAGAAGCAGAGCGAAGAACUACGCAGAGAGGUGGUCAGCCGUCCUUGCUGGAUUUGUAAACGGACGGAUCACAUGAUCAAGAGCUGCGAAGAGUUCAAGCAGAUGAACAUUGCGCAACGACUAAGGGAAGUGGACAAGCAGAAACUGUGUGGAAUCUGUCUUAACAAGCACGGUGGAAAUCGUUGUUUUUUGAAAAUCCGGUGUAUGGCGCGGAACUGCCAAGGCAAUCACCAUCCUCUAUUGCAUCGGGUGGAAGAAUCUGUUCAAUUGCAGAAAGCCAAAUCAGACUGCACGGUGAUUUUCCGGAUGAUGUCGGUGACGCUAUAUGUCGGUAAGCGACAGUACGACACUGUUGCAUUUCUGGACGAAGGGUCGUCUGCUACGUUGGUGGACGAUGGGGUGGCCAAACGGCUGAAGGCAGAAGGAACGCUUGAACCACUGAUAGUCACGUGGACCGGAAACAUCAACCGUUUUGAGAACGAAUCGCGUAGUGUAGAGAUGAUGAUGUCGGCGAAGGGCUCCAAGGAGAAGUUUUCGUUGUUCAACACACGAACGGUGUCCGAGUUGCAGUUGCCACAACAGAAUGUACGAUACGCUGAGGUGGUGAACCGUUAUCCGCAUCUUGUUGGAGUGCCGGUGAGAGAUUUUCCGUCUGGACUUCCAACGAUUCUAAUCGGAUUGGACAAUCUCCAUCUGUUCGCGCCGUUGGAGUCACGGGUCGGGGAACCUAACGAACCAAUCGCUGUGCGGUCGAAAAUCGGAUGGACGAUUUACGGAUCGGAGAAACGGAAGCCGCGUGUCCAUACUUACCUGAAUCUGCAUUGUGUCACACCAGUGAGUAACCAGGAACUGCAUGACAUGAUCCGAAAUCAGUACGUGCUGGAUGAAACUGCAGCAGCAUCAUACGCACCCCCAGAACCAAUUGAGGAGAAAAGGGCUCGCGAGAUCCUUCAAGCGACGACAAAAAGGGUAGGUAAUCGUUUCGAAACGGGCCUAUUGUGGCGUGAAGAUGAACGGCGAUUUCCGGACAGCUACCCGAUGGCCGUUCGAAGGAUGCGAGCGCUUGAGCGAAAGCUUGGGAAAGAUCCUGCGUUGAAACAGAAGGUAUGUCAGCAGAUUGAGGACUAUCAGACCAAGGGCCAUGCACACAAGAUAACUGCAGAAGAACUAGCAGAUACUCCAAGCUCGGUGGUGUGGUAUCUUCCGUUGAAUGUGGUGCUAAAUCCGAAGAAACCUGGUAAAGUGCGCAUGGUGUGGGAUGCGGCUGCAUCAGUUGGAGGAGUGUCGUUGAACUCGGAAUUGGUGAAAGGUCCGGACAUGUUGGUUCCCCUUCCGAAAGUUGUUUGCUGUUUCCGGGAAGGUCGAAUUGCAUUCGGAGGCGACAUUCAGGAAAUGUACCACCAGAUGAAUAUUCGGUGUGAAGACAAGCAAGCACUACGAUUUCUGUUCGGGACGGAUGAAAGUGGAGCACCUCAAGGAUACGUGAUGGACGUGGCAACGUUCGGCGCCACGUGUUCGCCUUGCUCCGCCCAAUAUGUAAAAAAUCUGAACGCGGGACAGUUCGCAGAGCAGUAUCCAGAAGCAGCGGCAGCGAUCAUUAAGAAACAUUAUGUGGACGAUUACUAUGACAGCGUAGAUACCGUCGAAGAAGCGAUACGAAGGGCCAAGGAGGUGAAGUACAUCCACUCGCAGGGUGGAUUCCAUAUACGAAACUGGGUGUCUAACUCGGAGGCAUUCCUAGAGGAACUCGAAGAUCGCAGUGCAAAUGGAGCAGUUCAUUUUUCCCGGGAUAAAGACGCCGAGUAUGAGCAUGUGCUGGGCAUAGUUUGGAAGCCGAUGGAAGACGUAUUCUGUUUCGCAACUAUGUCGAAAGCGGAAUCCUUUAUGGUUAUCGGUGGCGAAGAGUAUCCUACGAAGCGGAUUAUCCUCAGUUACGUGAUGGCGCAAUUCGACCCAGUGGGAUUCCUCACUCCGGUUACUAUACUUGGAAAAAUGCUGAUCCAAGAUCUCUGA